GACGUUUGGAGGCUGGUACUCGGUGACGACCCUCCUGUAGACGUAGAACCAAUGCGCGUGCACAUGAAAGCAGGCUGCAGGCCGUUCAAAGCUAAAGCACGGAAGUACGCACCAGCGUAUCAAGCGUUUCUGGAGUCGUUCAACGACAUGCUUGUCAAACUUGGAUGGGUAUAUGAAAACCCAACGAUGUCAAGAGCUCCUAUCGUACAUGACGCACAGGAAGAUCUACACUCCACGACGCGUACCUCAAGGCAGCGCAGAUGCAGCACUGUACUUCCAGUCCACCAUGGAGCGUUGCUACGCCGCACUAUUGUACAAGCAUUUAUUAGUCUGGAUUGA